GCAAAACCCAAAGUCCUUUGAAAAACCUGCAGUCCCUGGGAGCAUUCAGGAGCACCCCCAGGGCCAUUGCUGACCAAGGCUCCCCAGGGACUCCUUCCAGCAGAUCCUUGAGGCCACUGGGAUGUGAGGGGGAUGCUGAGGGCAGCACAAGGGGCUGACAGUGCCCAGCCUUGCUGGGGCUGUGCCAGGAGGCCCCAGGGCCUCAGGACAAGGUGUCUCCUCACAGCCCUUGGUGGCACAGAGGCUGCUGUGCCCCAGGGCACCAAGACUUGGCUUCUCUUUGUCCCCACCUGUCAUCACUGCCUCCAGUUCUCUGCUCUGCCUGGGGCCUGGGGACACUUUCUCUGUCCUGUCCCUCAGUGGGACCCAUUAAAACUUCAAAACACUUUGGAGUUAGAUUCUGACUAGGAAUUCUUGAGAGGUUUCUUCAGCUCCCUCUCAGGGACUGAUGUUCAGGGCCUCAGCACAAAGCCCAGAGAGGGUCAUUAAAGUCCUUGUGCUGUGUCUGUGCUGCUGAGCUGGGUCCAGGCUCCUGGCACAGAGGCAGCUCCUGGCAAGGGCAGCGCUGCAGAGAGACAGCUCUGCCCAGGAGCAGCUCCUGAGCACAGCCCAGCAGGGCUGGGGCACUGCCUGCAGCCACCCCGGGCACAGCACACAGGCACAGAGAGCUUCAAGCACUCAGGGCUGGGAAGGAGCUGAGAAGUGACUGCAGGAGAAUCACUCCCAGCCCUUGACACAGGAACCUCUGGCUGCAGGACAAGGCAGCUGCAGCUCCUGCAGGGAUCUCCUAAAGCUGGAACAUCCCAAUGCCUACAGACUCUCAUCUUUGUGUUAUCUGAAAGACCCCUGGGGAAAGACAGAGGUGUUCUGACACUGAAAAUGCUGUUGGGUUGGUGAAAUGAGCACCAUGAGACCUUGGAUACGAAAGCGGAGCUGUUCUUCGGUGGAUCCAUCUGCUCUCAGCAGCACCUGGAGAUUUUUUAUGGGAAACAUGUGAUACUGAUCACCCUCCACCUGAGAAAGGCUAAAUCCCAGAGAGACUCUGAACAGUAUCCAAUGCCCAGCCACAGCAAAUGUCCAACAGCAGCUCCAUCAGCCACUUCCUCCUGCUGGCAUUGGCAGACACGCGGCAGCUGCAGCUCCUGCACUUCUGCCUCUUCCUGGGCAUCUCCCUGGCUGCCCUUCUGGCCAACGGCCUCAUCAUCAGCGCCGUAGCCUGCGGCCACCACCUGCACACGCCCAUGUUCUUCUUCCUGCUCAACCUGGCCCUCACCAACCUGGGUUCCAUCCUCACCACUGUGCCCAAAGCCAUGCACAAUUCCCUCUGGGACACCAGGAACAUCUCCUACACAGGAUGUGCUGCCCAAGUAUUUCUUGUUGUUUUCUGUGCUACAACAGAGUUUUCCCUCCUGACCAUCAUGAGCUAUGACCGCUACGUGUCCAUCUGCAAACCCCUGCACUAUGGGACCCUCCUGGGCAGCAGAGCUUGUGCCCACAUGGCAGCAGCUGCCUGGGCCAGUGCCUUUCUCUAUUCACUGAUGCACACAGCCAAUACAUUUUCCCUGCCCCUGUGCCAUGGCAAUGCCCUGGGCCAGUUCUUCUGUGAAAUCCCACAGAUCCUCAAGCUCUCCUGCUCACACUCCUACCUCAGGGAACUUGGGCUUCUUACUGUUAGUGCCUGUUUGGUAUUUGGUGCUUUUUUGUUCAUUGUUUUCUCCUAUGUGCAGAUCUUCAGGGCUGUGCUUAGGAUCCCCUCUGAGCAGGGAAGGCACAAAGCCUUUUCCACCUGCCUCCCUCACCUGGCUGUGCUCUCCCUGUUCCUCAGCACUGGCUUUUUUGCCUACCUGAAGCCCCCCUCCAUCUCCUCCCCAUCCCUGGAUCUGGCUCUGUCAGUUCUGUACUCAGUGGUGCCUCCAGCCCUGAACCCCCUCAUCUACAGCCUGAGGAACCAGGAGCUCAAGGCUGCAGUGCGGAGACUGAUGACUGUAUGGUUUCAGGGACAUUAAACUGCUGGCCAAUUUCUGAUAAUCACUUGGAAUAAAA